AACAAAUUUGUGGGCAUGGCGGACAAAUGAAUAUCACCGCAAUGGUCUCUCAGCCUUCCCUUAAUAAAUGGGGCGGAAAAUGCACUAAAAAAACAAAGCCCUAGAAACCAUGUUUGAAAUGUACAAUUUUUGCAAAUUGUCCUGAGGAUAUAUUCAAGGGUUGCUAUUGAACCUUAGGGAAAGAAGAAGAAGAAGUAAAAGGAUUUGAUGUAGGCAGAAGGGAAGGAAGUAUCCUUGGAUCUGUAACAAUCCUCAAUAAGGUUUGUGCAUAUCCGAGGGGAAGAUAGGAAUGGAGAAUGGUCUUGAAAAUGAAAACCCUUUGAAGCCCCUCAAGGCUAUCCCCGACAAUGGCGUUGAUGAUGAUCAGCAGCUUCUUGAAGGCACACCAACAUCUUCUGGUUCCUCUUCACCUUCGACCUCACCUUCCGCGUCCUCAUCUCCUUCUUCUUCUUCUUCUUCGUCGUCGUCUUUUGAAGACGAAUCAGUCGAUCCCGAAAAACCUCAGCACUCACCUACCCCUGAAUCUUUAUCGUGUCCUGACAUUUCAACCCAUACACCUCAAUGGAGCAUGAUGAGCGGUUCUCCUAGUAAUAGCUCUCUCUUAUCAUCAUUCCCAGAAAAUCGAUCGCUUCCAUCAAUCCCAUCUGUGACGGGGCAACCUGCAGGGUAUGAUCCCAAUCGUAUCCCGCUUACCGUGUUUGACAGCAGCAGGUCCAAUGCACCAGGAAUGGAUUGGAGUGUUGCUUCAACUGAGUCGUUGUUCAGCAUUCACAUGGGUAAUGCUAGCUUUUCUAGAGAACAUGCUCUUCUUAUGAUGAACAAGUCCGGUGAGCUCAUAAAAACCGAAGAUGGGACUGCUUUGUUUUCUUCUGAAGCUACUAAGUAUGGCAACGAUCGUAAGAGCUUCUCCUCUACACUUCCUCCAGUUAUGGAAGGUGGGGCUCUAGAUAAUGAAGAGAAGAGUGAGGCUUUACCAGUGCCACCGGAAUCCAAUGUUGAAAGUCCAAAUCCAGUUUCCCCUAAGCAAAAACCAGAAUCGAGUAGCAAAAUUGCAGCGUCUAGUGAAAUCCAUUCAUUUGCUAUUAACUCUGCAAACACAUCAGAUGGAAGAAGUGGAACUGCUACUGGUCUAAAUGCCCCACGGCUUUCUGAUGAGAGUGGGACGAGCAGCAGUUCCUUUGCUUUCCCAUUGCUGGUGAACGAUGGUGGAAAUGCUGCGUCGUUGAAAUCGGUGCCCGAAAAAGCAGAACCAGAACAGCUAGAGUCACAAUCACAGGAAGGAAACUCAAAAGAAGAGCCCAGAGAGGCUGAGACCAGUUGGUUCUCAUACUUGUUUUGUUUGAGGCGCUGUUCCUGAUAUAUAGAGGGGGCUCUUAAAUCUUUUGUAAAUAUUUUUUCAAAAAAGUCAUCUGGUGUGCGUGCUAGAAGUUUUGGAAGUCGGAGACUGGAGGUGGCUAACUUCAUUAUAAAUUGUAUAACAUUCUUUGUGCAUGUCAGGGACAUAUAUAUAGGGAAUGAGUUGGGUAUUGAAUCUGC